UGGAAGUGGGAGGGGAAGUUACUUGCAAAAAUAAUAAUAAUAAAUUAAAUAUCCAUCCAAGUCACUUGACCAGUCUUCUUUAGGCCUCCAUAAAACUUAAGGCUCAAAAUAAAAACGCUGGUUUCUAGCUAGAAGAUGGCCUUGCUCGGAGAGAAGCCUUUGGAUGCGGAAAACAGGGAUGCAGUCACAAGGGGGCUAGUUGACUUAUUAAAGCCAGCAGUUGACGAAAUUGAUGAACGAGUGAAAGGCGUACGGUAGGCGUAGGCAUAAAACUAAUUUAACUUAAGACUUUUUUUAGUCAAUGUAAGUCUUCAUAGUAACCAUGAUUAAGAAGACUUACACUGACUUACUGGUAACCUUUUGUAUUAGAUAUAAUAGUCUUAGUUACUUUACUUAGAAAUUUUACUAAUGAAUAUUACUAUUUUACUAUUUUAUUUGUUAAUAAUGUUAUUAUUAUUAUUUAUUGUAAUUGACCAACCAGAACAGAAAUAGGAUACAUGAACUUUAAAGAAAGCUUUUGUUGAUGAUUGAAUUAAGUUGAUAAUUUGAUUAAGAGUUGGACUAAACUAGGUACUUGUGUAAAAAAAAUUAAAAUUAUUAUAAUAUUACAGUUAUAAAUUAUUAUAAAGAGCAAAUUUCAAAUUUAAAAAAUGGAACUAGAAUCAGGUUUCUAGCUUUAGGCUAACUAAUAACUUUAGUUUUAGACUUUAGUCUAAUAAUCCCAGGCCAUGUGGAUUUCGUCCUCCGAAGCCCACUCCAUCGUCACAUUGUGACGGACGGAUGCUAGAAAAAAAAAAUACUUUAGUAGGCCUACCUUUUGAGCUAUGAUUAUACUAUGAAUUUUAAAAGUGCGAGUUAACAAACUCUGCAAGUUUGUUUUGUAUUUUUUACUAUGGACUACACAUCCACAUUUUGUGACCCCAUUCCGCUGUGCAAUAACUUUUGUUUUAAUAAUUUUAUACAACUUUUAUUUGACACAUGACUAAUUAAUUAAAGCUUUCCCUAACUAAUGGUUGAAUAGUUUUUGCACAUGGCAAACUCUUAUGAAUAAAACUCUGAGAUUGUACUACGGUAAAGCCAUUAUGCAAAUUCUGCAAAUGGUUGUGCAUGGUUAUCCAAUACAAUGUUUUGCACACAGAAAAUUAUGAUAAUUUAUUAUAUAGACUACUGGAUUUUUCAAACUCAAAUUUAAAUAUUCUUGUUUAAAUUACUUCAUUCUAAAACACAAGUUAUUAAAUAUUUUGAUGUAAAUAGUGGUCAUAAUUGAAUAUUUCCUAAGUAUCUGUAUCUUCCGCCAUUAAAAAGGGUGCAUGGUCGAAAUUGGUUGAGCAACCUUACAAUGCAGGUUACUGAGUUGAGCAUAACGAAUGUCAAUGAAAAUCAGCACACAUAUACAUAAAUACAUAAUGCUUUUCAGUGUUCAUUUUAUUUCUGAAAAAAGUUUUGUGGGAAUGAUGCCUUACAUAUGCCUAUCAAUUUCGAAAAUUAAGGUCGAUCAAAGAGGCAAAACAGUACAUUGGAAUGUAGGUAAAGAUAUCCUCUAUUCUGAAAAUGUGGAAGAAUACCAUAAUUUUAUGGGAAAAAAAGUCCUUAAAUUAAUGCAAAAGACCCAACUUCCAAAAAUUAAAAACUCGGAUUCUUCUGCGCUGACGCCCAUUUCCCAUACAUUUUUUAGUAGUCUCCCUUGCUUUACCGAAGUACCUAGACUAUACUAUAGAGUAGACAGUAUAGUAUUAUUAUUACAUUAUUAUAUUAAGUAUAUUUAUAAGUAAUAAUUCUCUAGGUAUGCAUGUAUUUAUGGUUAUAACACUGUGACCGAGCUGUGUUCCAUAGUACUCACAAUAACUUCCCCAGAAGUUAGAGCUUAUUGGGUAAAUUAUAAUUUAUGAAGUGCAUUAGUUUAAAUGCAUGUUUUGUCAAGUGACUUAACUAGAUGGGAGGUUCACGCAAUGCUGCCCAUUGUUUUUGAUUGAUGGUUAUUUCUAGUAUAUUAACAAUAUAAUAGCAGAGACAUUUCAUUACCAUCACUAUUCGGCCUUUUUGUGAGUUUUUAAGAAGCUCUGUGGCGCAUUUCAAACCUUAUUUUUGGUGUUGUCCAACUUUGCUUCAUGUUGGCAGUAUCCAUUCACAGAGCCAGGCCAUCACAUUUGUUGUAAUUGAACUGUGAACAAGUUAGUAACUGUUAUUAAAGUGUUUUAUCUAAAUCAUUAUCCUACUACUAGCACAAAAAUAAUGCUUAAAAUUGGAGUAAGAAGGAGGCCCAGUGAUGAGUUUAUGGCACCAACAGAUCUGUCCAGAAAAAAAAUGUUUAAGAACCACUGUUUAAAGUUUCCAUAAUCAAUCUCACACUUAUAGAUUAAAAAAUUAUCAUAUACAUUUCACCAUCUCCUAAAAUAACAGAAUAGGUUUCUGAGAAUUCUAUUUCUUUAACUCCUUUUAAUUUGAAAAUAAAUUAUCUGAAUAAUAAAUCUUUGUUUUGUUUUUGUUACAUUUUUUAAUGCCUAUCUGAACUUUGUAGAGAAAGUCAAGUUGAGCUGAGGCAACAGAUUGAUACUCUUUGUGAAGGUAAGAUUUUAAAUACCUGUCUCAAUUUGUAAUAUUAAAUAACUGUCUCAAUUUUUAAUAUUAAAUACCUGUCUCAAUUUGUAAUAUUAAAUACCUGUCUCAAUUUGUAAUAUUAAAUACCUGUCUCAAUUUUUAAUAUUAAAUACCUGUCUCAAUUUGUAAUAUUAAAUACCUGUCUCAAUUUGUAAUAUUAAAUACCUGUCUCAAUUUGUAAUAUUAAAUACCUGUCUCAAUUUUUAAUAUUAAAUACCUGUCUCAAUUUGUAAUAUUAAAUACCUGUCUCAAUUUGUAAUAUUAAAUACCUGUCUCAAUUUUUAAUAUUAAAUACCUGUCUAAAUUUGUAAUAUUAAAUACCUGUCUCAAUUUGUAAUAUUAAAUACCCGUCUCAAUUUUAAAUAUUCUAAUUAUUAUCACUGCUUUUAAAUAAAAAAGGGCACUUUCCCCCGCACAAAGAGUUUCUAUGUAGGAUUCCUUUUGUUUAUUCUUGCAUUGUUACAAGUGUAACAGUUUCUGUAAUAUGAUAGAAUGUUUUAAAUUAAAAUUUGAUUGGUUAGUAAAUUAUAAUAUUUAAAUUUUCUGUCAUUUUGGAAAAUGGGUGUAGUGUUUAAUUGUAUUGAUUUUCUGACCACUUUUGGAUUUAUUUUUGUGUAAAAGUGUACUCUAUGAAACUAUAAGUUGGGUUUUCAUUACUUUAAAAUUAUUUUUUUGUUUUCUCUUCAUUGCUACACUUUUCUUACCAUAGUGUGUAACUGUAGUCUCACACAAGUUUUAGUUGAGGGGAGUAUCUACUGGCUGAAAUUACUCAAGGAAAAGAGUCAACCAUAGGUUGUUGAGACUUCUUGUCGCAUUUCUAGAGGGAUUCAAUAAAGUAGCUUUGUUGGCCACGAAAUUUAUGUACCGGCUGAGACUAUUUAUUUUAAUUGUAACUUUAUGUUCUCAUUUUCAUUUCUCUCUGUAAAUAACUUAACCAGCACAUUCUCUCCCGUCCCCUCUUCAUUUUUGCAGAUGUGCGUUUUUUUACACCGCCGCCAUCUUGGUUGCCAUAAAGGGUCAUGGUGGAUGGGGGGAAAAAAGUGGCAACGAUUGCGUAAAUUUAACCCAAAAAUUCUAAUUUCUGUGAUAGUUUUCUGUGUUAAUUGAUUCAUUUGUUACAUUUUCUUCUCUUUGAAGAUCUGAAAAGAAUCUCAGAGAGUGAUCCUGUGCCCUUGGAACUUGAACCCUACGUGAAAAAGUUGAAUAGCUCUCGCAGACGUGUGAUGCUUGUUAACAGUAUUCUUCAGAAUGUACAGGUUGGAAAUUCUUUUUUUUUGUAUGAAUGUCGAAGAUUAAAAAUUAAGGUUAUAUUUUAAUAUUAUUUUUUGGCAUGCACACACUAUACAAUACUGGUGUUCCAUCACCAUUUGUGAUUGAAUAAAAAAAAAAAGCUGAAAUCACAUUAGGAAUUUUUUUUUCUGCCUCUUUUUGGUUAAACAAAUUUAUUUUUUUUUAAUAAUACUUUAAUUAAAUUUUAAUUUACCAUGUUUAUUGUGUAAAAUUGUAUUUUUUUAAAAACAAAUAUUUUAUCAAUUUAUAAAUUCAUUACAAGUUUACCUUUUAUGUUAAACAGGAUCGCCUUAACAAACUCCAUAACAAUAUAUCCAAGGAAACAGCACGAAGGAAGACAAUGCUCGAUCCAUCUUCCCCAACACAUCAAAAAUAAGGGACUUUUGUUUCAAUGUUUAUUAUUCUUCGAACUUUAACGAUUAUUAUUUUGUUCUCAGACCAGUUUUGUUGGCUAUUGUUGAUUGUAAUAAAAUUUGCGAUGUGAUUUGUUACCAAGUAUUUAUGAAUGUAUAAAACUAUUUUAUGUGUGUAAAAAAAACCACCUUGAGACAAUUUGUCAUCUGAAGCAUGCAUGUUGUUUAGGAUACCUAGUAUUGAAAUCAGCUUUAAUGGCAUUAUUAGUUUUUUUCAAUAUUCUGGAAGAUAUUUGGUGUAGUAAGUCUGGCUUUGAAGUGCUAGCAUGUAUUAUUAUAAUUUAAUUCUCAGUUUGCGUGCACACCAUCUUUCACAUAAUUAAUAUAUAACCCUGAUUACAUUUGAUUGUUUAAUAAGUGUUAGACAUUUCCUAGGCUUCUUAUCUGCACAAUGAAUGUGUAAAAUUGGAUAAUCCUAUUUCAGUUUAUUUACCGAAAAUAAAAGUUAUAAAUCUUGUACUGUUAACAGAAUAGGUUGUUAACCACAUUAAAAGGACAAGUAAUUUUUUUAUGAAAUUCAUCUAUAGAUGGCUUGUAAAAAAAAAAAAAACAUAUUCACUUCCAAUAUUUUUUGUCAGUAAAAAUUUUCCCUAUUUAAUCUAACCUGGUAGUUGUUUUUUUUUUUCAAAAUAGAUUACAGAUUGUAAAAUAUUUAGAUUCAUUUAAUAAAGAAAAAAAAAAA